AUGCCGACUCGUCCAGAAUUGCUUGGGCGCUUGAAGGUGGUUCAGAGGAUGUCGAAAUUGUGUCCAGCUGGCCCGGAGGAGGAAAUCGCAAGCACCACGUUAAAAGUACCGUCGGUCAUCUCGUACGAGAAAGAGAUCUCAAAGUGGGGCUAUCAAGUUGGUCCUUUGUGCGAGGUCGUUCGUGGCUCCAAGCUGUUGCUUGACGAAAGCCAGGACCAGGAGUAUGCACCAUCGCUGGCCUCUAAGUCACUACUGGCACAUUACGGCAAAAAUGCUGUUCAGGUCUCGGGUGAGUAUCUAGGACAUCUCGUUUUUCAUGUGAAGGAUACGCUUCAACGACGCUUCGGAGACUCUGCCAAGUCAAUGGAGCUCAAAUUUGAGCUUACCGUUCCGGCAGUUUGGUCUGAUAAAGCAAAAGAUGCAACACUUCGAGCCGCCAUAAUUGCCGGUAUCAACUCCCAGCAAAUAUCCCUUGUGUCGGAGCCAGAAGCCGCUGCUCUACAUUCACUGCGGACAAUUCAGCCAAAUUCAAUCACGAAAGACGACGUUUUAGUGAUUUGCGACGCAGGUGGUGGCACUGUGGACUUGAUCUCUUACAAAGUACAAGAUCUCGAUCCGUUGAGCAUGGAAGAAGCAACGGACGGCACAGGGGCUAUUUGCGGAUCCAUUUUACUUGAUGAGAGAUUCGAACGUCUCCUCAUGAAGAAAGUAGGCCUGGAGAGUUACCAAUCCCUUCCAAUAAAGUCCAAAGAAGCUGCUCUUUCAUUUUGGAGGGAUAUGGUCAAGCCUACCUUUGGCGAAGAAUCUGACUGCGAUUUUCUAGACGUGGAUCAUUUUAUUCCGCUUCCAGGAGCAGCAGAUCAACCUGACAAGAGCAUAGAUGGUGGAUUUGUCCAAUUUGAAGGUCUUGAGAUUGAAGAGAUAUUUGCGCCAAUAGCUAUCGUUCUUGUGGGGGGGUUUGGGUCCUCAAGCUAUCUCUUCCAGCGGUUGAAGGGCAGUAAUCCUUCUAUCAUAGUAUUGCAACCCCCAAAUGCUUGGGCGGCAAUUGUCAGCGGAGCAGUUCUCCGUGGAUUAGAAGGAAAUCGCGUGGAGACACGAAUUUCCCGGCGUUGGUAUGGUGUUUCAGCGUACACAAUGUUUGAUGAAAGUCAUCAUGCGAAACGGGACAAACGUUGGUCCGAAUUUGAAGACGACUGGGUCGUUGACAACAAGAUGACUUGGUACAUCAAAAAGGUUGGUCAGCUUAAAUUGAUGUUCGUUGAGGGAAGUCUGACAUAA